ACUUGGGGCACCUGUCCAUAAGAACGUCCAACUCUACAUCCACCCACNCUACAUCCACCCACCACACUGCCUUUCUGCUGACUGGAGUCCCAGGAUUAGAAGACUUCCAAAUCUGGAUCUCCAUCCCCUUCAGCUUCAUGUACCUCUUGGCUGUGGUAGGCAAUGGCCUGGUUAUGGCAGUGGUGGCCUGGGACAGGAACCUCCAUGAACCCAUGUAUCUCUUCCUGGCCAUGCUGGCCCUCAACGAUGUUCUCCUUUGUACUGUCACAGUACCCAAAAUGCUUCUUAUCUUCUGGCAGGGACCUUCCCUAUCAACGUUUCCUGCAUGUCUCACACAGAUGUUUUUUGUUCAUGCUCUGUUCCUCUCUGAGUCUGCUGUUCUCUUGGCCAUGGCUUUUGAUCGGUACGUGGCUAUCUGUGUACCACUCCGUUAUGCAACCCUACUUAUGGGCUCUUUCAUCAGCAAGGUAGGCCUGGCUCUGGUGGCUCGGAGUGUGGCUGUGGUCACCCCUGGCGUCCUGCUCAUUCUCCGGCUGCAUUUCUGUCGGAGCAACAUCAUCCACCAUACCUACUGUGAGAACAUGGGCAUUGCCAAGUUGGCCUGUGAUAGCUAUGCCCUUAGUAGCAUUUAUGGGCUCACUGCUGCUCUUCUCACCACAGGGCUGGACUUUGUCCUCAUCACCCUGUCAUACUGGCUAAUACUGAGAACAGUCUUUCAACUACCUUCCAAGGAAGCCCGGACAAAGGCGUCUGGAACAUGUGGAGCUCAUAUAUGUGUCAUCUUGAUAUUUUAUACUCUGGCCUUCUUUUCUUUCUUCACCCAUCGCUUUGGAAAUCAUGUGCCCAGGCAUGUCCUUAUCCUCCUGGCAAACCUCUACUUACUGGUGCCACCUACCAUGAACCCCAUUGUUUAUGGGGUAAAGACGAAGGAGAUAAGGAUGCGUGUCCUAGGGCUCUGUAGCCAACCAAAAUGA